AAAUCCUUUUUUUCCCUACCCCUACACGGCGUUCAAAAUCAAAAGAAAAGUUGUGUUCGGUGAGUUCGGGUUUUCUUUCCUUGGUAGAUUAGAAUGGCGACAUCCUUGUCAAACAUGUUCUUGAAGGGAAUCGCAAAUCGUUCUCUCAGCAGGCCCUUAAAUGGGUUGUUUUAUUGCACGAGAUAUUCCACUAGUAUGUCAAAUGAUUCGGACACGCAUGAUGACUUCAAGCCAGCUAAUAAGCUUGAUGGUUCCGGCAUUUCUUUGACAAAUGUUAUUGAGCAGGAUGUCAAGGAUAAUCCUGUCAUGAUUUACAUGAAAGGUGUGCCUGAUUUUCCACAAUGUGGUUUUAGUUCGCUUGCCGUUAGAGUUUUAAAACACUAUGAUGUUCCAAUAAGUGCUAGAAACAUUUUGGAAGAUGUUGAACUGAAAAAUGCUGUAAAAGCCUUCAGUAACUGGCCAACAUUUCCUCAAGUUUUCAUUAAGGGAGAGUUUAUUGGUGGAUCAGAUAUUGUUCUCAAUAUGCACCAGACUGGUGAAUUGAAGGAAAAGCUUAAAGAUGUUACUUCCAAGCAGUAAACACACACCUAAGGUGAUGAAACUUGAAGAGAAGUAGUUUACAUUAACUAGCUUUAUAUCAGUUAUUAAGAGAUGUGAACUCUUUGUACCUGAAUUUCUGGAUUAUGUUCAAAUAAGAAGUUUCAACUUUUCUGUAUGUAA